GAUUGUAUCUCCUCAGGCCUGACCAAACCCCUCCUCCAGCUACAGACUGACCCCAGCCUAUUCGUCGCCUCGGCCGCAAAUCACCUCCUGGCCCGCCUCCUAACCUUUCACCAGCCAACUACAACCGCACACACAACCCAGGGGAAUGGCCUCACUGUUCCACCCAAUAAGGAAGAGGUAGAAUUGGAAGUAACCAUGGAGACAAGUCCAGGAAGAGGGUGUUCCAUCACCAUGGAGAUCUUGAAGCACCUUGAGAGCUCUCUGGAGUCAGACAGCCACACCCAGGUGCUCCAGGGGCUGAGGCUGCUGGCCCUGACUCUCCCCGAGCUGGAGGCUCCUCUGCGGGGCUCGGUGAUCAGGCGAGUCCUGGGUCCUCUGGAGGGGUUGGUCCGAGAGGGCCGCAGAGCAGUCGCUCUAAUGGACGUCCUGCUGGCUACAUACAGGUCCGGUCCGUGUGACUCCAGACUCGUCUCUCUGAUGGCGUCCAUGUUGAACUCCCAGAAUCCCUCUGACGCUGCUCUGUGUGCCGCCGCCACCCUCCAUCCGGAGACCUGUCCUCCAGGCCUCAGACAGAAGGUCGUAGCUGUUCUCCUGGGACCUCUACAGAUGGUUACUGGAGUAACUCUGCUGGACUGGACCAAUGACAGACACACUGAUCAACAGACUGACCACAGACACACUGAUCGACAGACUGACCACAGACACACUGAUCAACAGACUGACCACAGACACACUGAUCGACAGACUGACCACAGACACACUGAUCAACAGACUGACCACAGACACACUGAUCAACCGGCUGACCACAGACACACUGAUCAACCGACGGACCACAGACACACUGAUCAACAGACCGACAACAGACACACUGAUCGAGACCACAGACAGACCGACCACAGACAGACUGAUGAAGACCACAAACAGACUGAUGAAGACCACAGACAGACUGAUGAAGACCACAGACAGACUGACACUGACCAGGACAGACAGACGGAGGGUCGUAGCUCUCUCUCUCUCCUGCUGGAUCAUCUCAACCACAAACCCUCCUGUAUCUCUCUGCUCUGCGUCUCCGUGUCCAGCGCUCCCUACGUAACAGACAUGGAUUCAUCUGCCUCCGUCAUCCUUGCUGUGGUGUCACUCCUGAGGAUCUGUAAUGGCCACUCCCCCUCACCCGAGAGCAAGGCUGCUAUUGGCUGUAGCAAAGCAUCCACCAACCUGAUUGGCUGCAGCAAGGUCCAGAGGUGUUGCCUAGACUCCCUGGCUAGCCUUAGCACCUGCCCUGGAGCUGUGGAACGGGUGGUGGAGGUGUUCCAUGUUCUAGUGCAGAACCUACAGAACCCUGACUCAGACCCCACCGUGCUCCAGAAGAACUACCAGGCCAUGUUGAGGUGGCUUAGUGUGUCUGCAGAGCCUAACUCACUGGCUGAUCUGGUCACUGAAGACCUCCUGCCCGUGCUAAAGAAGCGUGUGUGUGACGUGCGUUGGGAGGUUCGAGACUCCACUCUGGAGUUCCUCGGCCAGCUGUGUGAGGCGUUAAGCUGCACCGUCACUCCUAUCCUGCUGGAGGCGCUGUGUGACCAGGAGAGCUAUGUGAGGGCUAGUGCCAUCUCUGCCCUGGCCAGGACACUACCACUCAGUGACCAGCAGGGGGAGCCGGGGAACCAGACACAGGAGCAGACCCUGGGUCAGUUACUAGACAUCCUGUCUCAGGAUUCAGAGGGCUUCCCCAGACGUGCUGUGGUCCAGUUCUUCAUCAGCUGGCUAAAGACACACCCCUCAUCUUCCUCCUCCUCCUCGCUGUGUUCUGUCCUAUCGCUGGGCAGCACUGAUCUGGACUGGGAGGUCAAAGUUCACACCCUGGAGCUGGUUGAGCUCCUGAUGGAGGAAACACUACCAGGUCACCAGGAGUCAGAGCUGGGGUCAGCUCCUCCCCCUUACGGUGGCUCUGGAGGGACAAACCUACUAACACACACUGACCUCACACACCCCUACGCUGUGACGCCAAGCCAGCCCUCACCCCUACUAACACACACCCCAACUGAACUCACACACCCCUACGCUGUGACGCCAAGCCAGCCCUCACCCCUCACACACACACACCCAACUGACACACACACACACCCCACACACACACCCCUCACACACACACCCCCCACACACACACAUCCAACUACAUCUGUAGUGUGUGGUCUGUCUCGGUUGGUGGAGCUCGGUGUUGUCACAGCGUUACUCAAUGGCCUGUUUGAUUGCGACAGACCUGUAGCUUUAAAAGCCUGUAGUCUGUUGCUACGACUACGAGACGCGGUGUGUCCGUCCCGGUCGCUAGGGAAAGGUGCUAUGACAACUGACGACACAACAGUUGCCACGGUGACUUUUGAUCUGAGGGGUCAGGUUUGGGAGCGGGAGGUCACGAGGAAGUUACAGGAGAAGAGAGGAUCUGAUUGGGUUAAAGAGUCCAGGGAAGUAGGUUGUGAUAGGCCGAACAAGAACAGAGAUUCUGAUAGGACAGACGGGGCUGGUUCCGAAGCCUGCGAUAGGUCGACGGGGAAGAGUGUGUGUGAGGGUAGCGCGAGGGUGUGUGAGGUGCUGUGGUCGUUGGGUCUAGAGGAGAGGCAGAGUGUGUUAUCACAGAGUAGUGACCAUGUCCAGAACUCACCUCUCUCUCUACUGGAGGACAUUCUGAACGCUACAGACACCUCACACACUGACGAAGUUAUAGUAGACUGUUACUGACCGACCCACGUCCUGAUCGCUACAGACACCUCACACACUGACGAGGUUAUAGUAGACUGUUACUGACCGACCCACGUCCUGAUCGCUACAGACACCUCACACACUGACGAGGUUAUAGUAGACUGUUACUGACCGACCCACGUCCUGAUCGCUACAGACACCUCACACACUGACGAGGUUAUAGUAGACUGUUACUGACCGACCCACGUCCUGAUCGCUACAGACACCUCACACACUGACGAGGUUAUAGUAGACUGUUACUGACCGACCCACGUCCUGAUCGCUACAGACACCUCACACACUGACGAGGUUAUAGUAGACUGUUACUGACCGACCCACGUCCUGAUCGCUACAGACACCUCACACACUGACGAGGUUAUAGUAGACUGUUACUGACCGACCCACGUCCUGAUCGCUACAGACACCUCACACACUGACGAGGUUAUAGUAGACUGUUACUGACCGACCCACAUCCUGAUCGCUACAGACACCUCACACACUGACGAGGUUAUAGUAGACUGUUACUGACCGACCCACGUCCUGAUCGCUACAGACACCUCACACACUGACGAGGUUAUAGUAGACUGUUACUGACCGACACACGUCCUGAUCGCUACAGACACCUCACACACUGACGAGGUUAUAGUAGACUGUUACUGGCCGACCCACGUCCUGAACGCUACAGACACCUCACACACUGACGAGGUUAUAGUAGACUGUUACUGACCAACACACGUCCUGAUCGCUACAGACACCUCACACACUGACGAGGUUAUAGUAGACUGUUACUGACCAACACACGUCCUGAUCGCUACAGACACCUCACACACUGACGAGGUUAUAGUAGACUGUUACUGACCGACCCACGUCCUGAUCGCUACAGACACCUCACACACUGACGAGGUUAUAGUAGACUGUUACUGACCGACCCACGUCCUGAUCGCUACAGACACCUCACACACUGACGAGGUUAUAGUAGACUGUUACUGACCGACCCACAUCCUGAUCGCUACAGACACCUCACACACUGACGAGGUUAUAGUAGACUGUUACUGACCGACACACGUCCUGAUCGCUACAGACACCUCACACACUGACGAGGUUAUAGUAGACUGUUACUGACCGACCCACAUCCUGAUCGCUACAGACACCUCACACACUGACGAGGUUAUAGUAGACUGUUACUGACCGACACACGUUGUGAUGGACUAACACAAUUUUAUUUGUGAUGAUUGUUUCUCCUCUGUACGUUGACUAGUGAAUAGGUGAGUCCCAUAUUUGUUGUUUCUCCUCUGUACGUUGACUAGUGAAUAGGUGAGUUCCAUAUUUGUUGUUUCUCCUCUGUACGUUGACUAGUGAAUAGGUGAGUUCCAUAUUUGUUGUUUCUCCUCUGUACGUUGACUAGUGAAUAGGUGAGUUCCAUUGGGACAUAACUCUUGAUCAUCUACCAGGAAAAUAAAUAAAGAUACUGUUUUGAUAUUUCAAACCACUGGUGUCAACGUUUUCCUGACUUGGUAUGUUGAGAGUGAGUGAGGAGAGAGGGAGGAGAGUGAGGAGAGAGAGGGAGGAGAGUGAGGAGAGAGGGAGGAGAGUGAGGAGAGAGA